AACAUCCAAUUAUAGACUUUAGCUGUCACAGCAAAAUGAAGUCGCUUUUGCUGCCCAUCGUUUUUCUCUUUGCCGGCCAGUAUCUGGCUCAGGUUUCUACGCAGAUCAUCCUCGAUGUACCUGGCUAUGGCGUUCUUAACGGGACCAAUGAAAAUUCGACUUACACUGAACGCCCGUUCUACGCAUUCCGCAGCGUUUUUUACGCAGAAAAACCAACGCCUUUGAAUCGAUUUUUGCCACCAGUUCCAAAAGCCCCCUAUCCUAUGGAUGAGAUCCAGCAGACUACCAACAACAACGCAGGGUGUCCUCAGCUUGGGGCAGACAACGAAGAUUGUCUUUCUAUAAACAUCUUCACGCCACAAUUACCAUUUGAAUCCGACACGCUUCUUCCCGUCAUGGUCUGGAUCCAUGGCGGAGGUUUUUCUCUUGGUCAUGCCCUCGAAUAUCUACCCAACAGAUACAUGGAACACGACAUCGUCCUAGUUGCAAUCCAGUACCGCCUUGGUCCACUUGGUUUCCUCUCGUUCGACACUGAUGAUGUUCCUGGUAAUGCCGGUAUUUUUGACCAAAUCGAAGCUCUACGUUGGGUCAACAAACACAUCCAAUACUUCGGAGGAGAUCCCAGUCAAAUCACUAUCGCGGGGGAAAGUGCUGGAAGCGCUAGCGUUUCACUUCUUCUCUUGGCACCACAAGCAAGAGGGCUAUUCCAACGUGCCAUCGGUGAAAGUGGCUCUGUUUUGGCUGAAUGGGCCCUUGAUCGCGAUGGAAGAGGCAAAGUUGCUUCACUGCAAAUCGCUGAAAUGGCAGGAUGUCCAUUGGAACCUUACCAAGAUUUGCUCACUUGUGUGCAGAACAUUGAUCCUUUGGUGCUGGAUCGAGCAUAUCAAGACUAUGCGAAAACGGAUAGACUGAACGGUGGUCUAGGUUUUAGUGGUUCCAAUCCCAUCAUUCAAGUUGCUGGAGCACAACGGAUUAUCGAGUCCGACCCUUUGGAGCUAUUCAAUUCCGGCAAUUUUGCAACUGUUCCUACAAUGUUUGGUGCAAACAAACAAGAAGGCACGCUGGUGCUAGGAGUGUUGUACAACGGUUACUUGGCUCCCAACAAUCUGACUGAAGACGAAGAAUUUUUGGCAAACGAGUUGGUCCCACAGUUGCUGGUUGCCUUGCAUAUUGAUGAUCCUACUGGAGAACUGGCCGCUCAGUUGACUGAAAAAUAUUUAGGUACGGCAGUAUUGGGCAACUUUACAUCAAUGACACCCGGAUUAACAGACAUGUGCAGCGUGCUUUUCUUGAAAGGACCAACCUACGAAACGACAAAAGUUGUUUCUCAACACAACCCCAAUGCGUUUUUCUAUUCAUUUGAAUACGAAGGGAGAAAUUCACUUUUCACUUAUUUGUUUGCUAAGAAUCCUCCGCCAAUUCCUCACGGUGUCAGUCAUGCUGAUGAGCUGAUUUACCUGUUCAUUUACCCAUUCCCGUCAGUCCCACCGGGUCUCAAUAAUCGUGAGACUGAAGUCUCCAUGAAGAUGCUUCAAGUCUGGACGAAUUUUGUCAUAUAUGGCAAUCCAACUCCCGAAGGCGUACCUCUUCUUGAUGGCAUCCCACCGUUCUUACCGUACAGCAGUGCCGUUGAAUCCUACACCGCCAUUGACGACGUUUGGCGAUCGGAGACGGAUUACACGCUAACUUACACCAUAACAGUCGAUGAACUGAACACUCUCAUCGAGUAGCUUAUGAGCUUUCAAAAAACAAUCUUGUAAUGUCGAAUAUAUGUUUUACCCAGUAAACCCAUCUUGUAUAUUAACAAUACACGUGCUUUACUUCAA